AUUCCAUCUAGCAUUCUUAUCCCUUUAAGCAACUUAAUCAUUUGCCCGGGUAUCCUUCCUUAUGUUUGUCGCUUUUUGCAGUUCUGUGUCGAAUAUAAAUUGUCGACUUUUUUUUUUAACUUCAUUCGGUCUGAGCUCUCGUUCGUCUUAGUAACAGCUUGAAAACGUUUGCUUUUCUUGUGGUGUGCGGUGUCGUCUUUAGCUAUUGGGAAAAGAUGCGAUUGCUUGCCUUUGCUAUUGCUUUGGCUACUAGUAUCUGCAGUGUACAGGCACAACGUCCAGGAGACAAUGGCUUCAAACAGAGGUGGUUUUUGAAUGUCACUGUGGGGGGUGUAUUCGAUGAAAUUCCUCAAUGCGCGAAAGCAUGCACUCUUGGGUAUCUUGAAAUGACCGGGUGUAAUCCCCUUGACCCCUCGUGUUUCUGCCCAAUUCCAGAUAUUGCACAGGGUCUUGAUACUUGCCUUGCGUGGUUCUGUCCAGUACUUGGUUACUACGGUUCGUUUGGUUCACAAAGCCCUUCUAUCAAAACAGUCAUGUUAACGAUAGUAACAGAGGGACUUUACUUAUACCACUCCACGUGCAACUCUCCGAUCCGAAAUCAAGCAACCCCACUAUUCAACGAGGUGAUUACCGUAGCUUCUAUCGCUUUUGCAGCCCUGAUACUACGAUUCACCACACGCUUGCCACCUCUCUCUGUCGAGUGGGGCAUUGACGAUUGGCUCGCAGUAGCACUUGUGCCAGUAGCUGCAGCCUAUCUUGCAGUUAUACUCUUGGCAAUUGAUUCUGGCCUAGGUCAAGAUGCCUGGAUGCUCAAACCCCAAAAGGUUACUGACGUGGUCAAAGAACUUGGCUACGUCACGCUCACCUUCAUGACCAAAAUCACCGUCCUAGCCUUUUACCUCCGAGUCUUCCCAAUGGGCCGGGUCCACCAACUCUCCUACCUCUUCAUCGGAAUAUGCACAUGCCUACUGAUAUCGAUAUUCCUAGCCCAUCUCCUCCAAUGCCUCCCAGUCUCCUUCGUCUGGCAACAGUGGCAAGGCACCCUGAUACCCCAGCCCCCAAACCCAAUCUGUAGCGUACAACGCAACAACCUAAACUACGCCUUCAACAUCACAAACGUCAUCAUGGACGGCAUCAUCACUGUGCUGCCCAUCCCCAGAUUACUCCAACUGAAAAUCACCUGGCAGAGAAAACUAGGCGUUUUACUUGUUUUCUGCGUCGGUUUCCUUAUAACAGGUACAUCCGUAACCAGAAUAGCAAUCCUCCUCCAAUCCGACUUUUCCUACAACAGAUCCUGGUCCAACAUCCCCGUCGUAAAAUGGUCCGCCAUCGAAGCCUUCCUCAGCAUCGCCGUAACAUGUUUCCCGCAAAUCCACUACCUUGCCAAGCGCAUCAUCGGUAUCUGGUAUAAACCAGGUGAUGCGACUCAGCAGCAGCAUGGUAGUGGUAGUAAAGCGACGUUUGGGUCGUCGUCGAAUGCGGGGAAUUCGUUCAAGGCGAAGGGGUUGGCGGCGUAUGAGAAUAUUGAGAUUGACUUUAUUGACUUGUGCAUUUGGCGUGAAGACACCGCUGGAAUAUUAUUCCAGAACAGCCACACGCACGUGCCCAAGUGCACAUGUACAUUUUCGUGCGAAGAAUUUUGA